CCGGGAUAUAUUUAUUUUUUUUCUUCUUUUUAGUAGAACCGAGUAGUAGCACAACCACCGAGGCUCGUGAAAUAUUUCUCGUUGCGCUUUAAAGCCUCGUUCUUGUUUCUCUUUGUUUUUCCUUUUUUCUAUGUUUUUUUUUUCUUUUUUCUUUUUUCUGAGCCCUUUUUUCCCUCGUUCGAUACUCAUGCGAGAAUAAAAGUUUUAUUUGGACUUGUAAUGAUCACAGGGAAUUUUCGUAACUUGUUAAUCGCGUCUGCCUUCGAGAGAUAACGUUCGAUCCUUAUCACUUCCUUUUUUUUUUUUCUUUUUUACGAUCUCUAUCUUUCUACUUAUCUCGUAAAAACUUUUGUGUAAAUCUCGGCAAUAAUAAAAUUAUUAUCGCCAACUGUCUUUUAUUCAUUCACGAUUGCACGAUUUAAUUGCACGAUUUUUAUUACGAAAUAUCUAUUAUCCUUUUCAAAUAUAUACUUUUCAUUGGGUACAAUUUCAUUUUAAAUCAGCCAUCGAAAUAUUAAUCGCUCGUUUACACGUUUUUUUCUUGGAAAGAGGAAUUAAUGUGAAUACGAUUAAAAAUAUCUCGCAGAGAUACAUGGAUAGAAAUAGCGUAGAUAAGUUUCUAAAUACAUAAAUUCGUGGCAAAUUCGAAUUGACGUUCGAGUCCAAACGUCAUUGUACUUAUAUACAGAGAAAAUGGGAGAUGAACAUGACCCGAUUAACCGAGCUUCGAAGCUUCAUUGAAACCAUUCGAUGUUCACGAACUUUUAACAAUCGAUACUUCACAGCUGAGUACAAUCGAAAUGAUUGGCAUAUUCGAGUCUCAUCGAGUUCACACCCUUGCACUUUUCGCUAACACUUUUGUUUCCAUCCUCUCCACCCUCCCCCUCCUCCUCCUCCUCCUCCUGCUCCUCUUCUUGCUUUAUCGUCGUUAUUCAUUAUUCUACUUUUCUAUCGUACGUACAAACGUAUAUACGUUUUCCUCUUUGAAAGAAAGUAAAAAGAAAAUAAAUAAAUAAAUCAUCCCGUAGUAUGUGUAUGCGUGCACACACCUGUGCGAAAUGGGAUAUAAAGGUCAAAGUUGAAAGAUUUUCUUUCGUCCAGCAUCGUCGUCUCUUUUCGUUUGUGUCCAAUCGACUGUUUUCUCUUUGACAUUUUUAUUCAUCGUGCCGCGACCUAUAUCCACUUCCGCCUGUUAUUUCCGUAUUGAUAUUAUAAAAGAAAGAGAACCGAAGAAUCAAGUUAAUCCGUUAUUCGCCGUCGUUCGCUAUAACGAUCCAAGUUUUUUUUUUUAAACAAAUAUUUUAUUAGAAUAUUUUCGUUAAACGAAGAAGAACGCGGACGCGCGCAAACGUAUUUACAUUUUCGUUAGAUGAAUUCUAUCAGACGAAUAUAAAUCGAAUCUGAGUCAUCCUCCUUACACCUACGUUCUCUUCGUUUUAUAAAUGCCCUCUCUGUGCGUGCGUAUGUGGGGUGCGUGUGUCUGUGUGAAGGUGUGUGCGUGCACGUGUGCGCGCAUGUGUGCGAGUCAGUCCGAGUGUUUCACACUAAAGUAUAUAAAGUUACAAAUACAUCUACGAGAUUAUUUGCGUGUGUUAUCUAAUUAUAGAACCAACGUAUAGUAUUCUAGCAUCUCGAAUAUCUACCCGAAGUAUCUUUCAGUCUAUCGUCGCUUUUCCGAAAGUCAAGUACGACCGAUCCGUGUUAUAUCCUUUCACGAAUCGUGAGGAGGAGAGAGGAAGAAAGAAAAAAAAAAAAGGAAAGAGAAAGAUAUACGUGUAUAUACGAUCGAUAUUUAGCAACGUCAUCCUCUCUAAAUUAUUUAUCGAGGUUGCGAAGCGAACGACAGGGAGGAACAUCUGGAGGAUUUGGUGAAUCGACUUGAGAACGUAACUAAGCGAUUGGAGAGAGUACCGGCACAGUCUGCUGUAGCUCAAACUCAAGAAACCGCGGUGCAAACUAACACCCCGUCACCGAAGAAACCGCAACCGGUGUCGACGAGAAACGCAGCGGCGUCGCCUUUAUCGUCGCCCGAAAAAGCGUCGAUAGUUUGGUCGAUCAACGGCAACAACAACAGCAACAACAUGUCGAUAGCAGGAUACGAGGACCUUUUGGCAGGAUCGGUGAAGGAAUAUCUUCAGCUAAGUCAAAAGAUUGGCGGGGAUGUAGCUACUCACAGUCAAAUGGUUGAAAAAGCUUUCCAAAUCCAACUACGUUUCAUCCAACUGGCUGCAUCUCGCUCGGCGCCGAUGAAUCAAUCCGAACAAAUGUCUCUCCUUGCACCAACCUCGACGCAGAUUCAACAGAUACAAGAAUUCAGCGAGAAGAAUAGAAACUCCGCGUUCUUUAAUCAUCUCGCUGCUAUCAGCGGAAGUAUUCCAGCAUUGGGAUGGGUCGCGGUCUCUCCGACGCCAGCUCCUUACGUAAAGGAAAUGAACGAUGCUGGACAAUUUUAUACCAAUCGCGUUUUGAAGGAUUGGAAAGAGAAAGACAAAACGCACGUGGAUUGGUGUAAAGCGUGGGUACAAGCAUUGACCGAUCUUCAGCAAUACGUUCGACAACAUCAUACGACGGGAUUGGUAUGGGCCAAGUCUGGUUCUGCGCCAGUGGGGAUUCCACCACCACCACCGCCGUCGAUGCCUUUGCCCGACGUCUCUGCUUUGAACGUCAGUGACGAUAGAAGUGCUCUCUUCGCUGAAAUUAAUCAAGGGGAAGGUAUUACGAAGAACUUGAAGAAAGUCACGUCGGACAUGCAGACUCAUAAGAAUCCGUCUUUAAGAACCGGACCAGCUCCUUUCAAAGCUCCGGUUCUUGGCAACGCGGUAUCAGCGAAAUCAGUAACACCUGCUAAUGUACCGAUCGAUAAACCUCCGGUAUUUACUAAAGAUGGCAAAAAGUGGCUUGUGGAAUAUCACAAAGGUAACAAGGACUUGCUCGUCGACAACGUCGAGAUGAACAACGUUGUCUACAUGUUCCGUUGCCAGGACAGUACCAUGGUCGUCAAAGGAAAAGUAAAUUCCAUCGUGAUGGAUUCUUGCCGCAAAUCAUCGGUUGUAUUCGACUCGGUCGUAUCGAGUAUCGAGUUCGUCAACUGCCAAAGCGUACAGAUGCAAGUACUCGGAAAGGUGCCAACUAUUUCGAUCGACAAGACGGACGGCUGUCAAAUGUAUCUCAAUUCGGAAUCAUUGGACGUCGAGCUCAUAACAAGCAAAUCUAGCGAAAUGAAUGUCAUGGUACCGAAAGGGAAUGGAGAUUACACGGAGUAUCCUGUUCCGGAACAAUUUAAGACGACCAUCAGUCCGAAGGGCCUCAGCACAAUCGCCGUCGAUUCACUCGGCUAAGAUCCCUAAUAACUCUACUAAUCGUAGCCUAAAUAUCUUUCUAACAGUACGAUUCAUUAGAGGUAUCAUCGUUAAGGAAAUCAUCAAUUUAUUAUUAUUUAUUGUCUUCUCGAAUAAGGUAUCAUCGAGGUGAGAGUGUGUCGAGCUACGAUCGAGGGCUCGCAAAGGUGCGCUACGAAUUGAUUUAAGUCCUACGUAGGAUCGAUCCUUUCUUUCUUCCUUUCGAGACACGCGAGAGAGAGAUUAGGUGAUAGAUAGAUUCUCAUUUAAGAAGAAGAAAAAUAAAAAGAAGAGAAAAAAGGAGAAGAAAAAUGAAAGAAAAAGUAAUUAAACGAUGAAACGAAAGGAGCUGCGCAGUCGCGUUCUUUGAAGAGAAAAAGAAAAAAAAAAAAUGAAAAAGAAUAAAAGAACGAAAAAAUAGAAAAGGAAGAAAAAAAAUUUCGUCCCGACGAAAGACUUGAAUUUUUAUUGGAAUUUCCAGGCUAUCGUCGAAAAUCAAAUCAUUAUUCGAAACUUGAUGGAAAUGUUGAGGAAUAAAAGAAAGGAGAGAAGAAUGCAACCAAUUAACGGAAUUGGAAUCGAGACACGAAAACGUACAGACGACGACGAUGACGAAACGUGGUAGUAAUGCUCGGGAUGAAUUCAAGUACGGUGUGGACAAAAGUUGUAGCAAUAUUCGAUCCGCACUUUUAUACAUUUACACAAUUUUAUAUGAUGGUAAUCGAACUUUUGUCCAGACCGAACGUCCAAAGUUCGAAUAUUUAUUAGCCGUGGAAUUGUUACUAUCGAUCAUUAGGAGUGAGUUUUUCGCGCGCUAGAAAUAUUUGCCAGUAUUAAAAAUAACUAGAAUUGCGAAGCCCGUGCCUCGCUUUUCAUAACAGCGCCAUAUUGAAAUAGUUGAUACCAAGUUGGCAUAUUACACCUUUUACAUUUUUCCAAGGCCAUCGAAAGAGAGUUUUCGUUUAGCACCGGCUUGGCAUGUUCUUCCUUCGAGCGUAUAUUAUACUCUCCUUACGUUUUCUACAUAUUCGUUCGAAAAUCGGAACGAAAAAAAGAAAAAAAAAAAGAAGAGAAAUGAGAAGAAACGAAAAAAAGGAAAAAAGAUAAUUAUUACGCGUCUGGAUAAACUAUUUUUCAAAUUUAAUUUAACGCUUCCUCGGAUAACUUUGUAAAUAUGUUAUGACGCGUUGGUUGAAAAAAAUCUCGUUGUGGAUGUGGUUCGUUCGGUCCCGAAGAAGAAGAAGAAGAAGAAGAAUAAGAAGAAGAAGAAGAAGGAGAAGAAGAAUUGUCUUAAGCAGAGAGCAAAAGAAUAGUUAACUCGAAUUUUAAUUCCAAAAAUGUGCUGUUUAUCGUGACACAAAUUGCAUUGUGAUUUUUACCAAUCGGUAUAAUAUACUAAUCGUAAGUGUAAGUUAGUCAUUAGUUGUCUAAGCGUAAUAUAGUUUAGAUGACAACCAUCGGUUUCAGUGUUUAGAUUUGCGAAGAGAUAUUUCUGCCGACCAUCGGACAUGAGUACUUUUUUCAAAGUAUCUCGUUCCCUUGGAUAUUUCUCAAAUUUUUCUCUUCACAUCUCGGUAUUCGUCGCCUAAGUCGCGUUGCGGUUGAUGUUUUAUUGAUUAUUAAAAAGAAUAAGAAUAAGAAGAAUAAUAAUAAUAUGAAGAAGAAACAAAAAAAAAAAAAAAGAAAGAAAAGAAAAGAACGGAGCAUAUAACGCUAUUAAAAUUAUUUUUGCUUAAUGAAUCGUACGUUCAAAACGAUACUUUUUAAUACGGCAAAUUUUAAUCAUUUUGUUUUUAACAGGAUGGACGGUUUUACUUUAAUGUCGUUUGUUACUUAGCUCGGCAUUUUAAUAAUAAUAAUAAUAAUAAUAAAAAAAAAAAAAAAAAAAGAAGAAGAAGAAAAGAGAAUUAUAUCGGAUCGUCGUUGAAACGUCGUGACUUUACGUAUUUCUUCUACGUUAAUAAUUGUAAGAGUACGAAAGAAAUCAAAGAACACAUCCGCGCUAUCUCUUGUGAACUCUCUUAUAAUAUUUAAAAAUUUACAUAUGCAAAAACGCAGUGCAUUUCUGCUUUAAAUAUCUUAUCCAAAUCGAUCGGAUAUAUUAUCGCGAGUACCUUCGAUACUCUUUCUCGCAUAUUCUUUCAGGUAAAUGCUCGCAAAAUUUUUCGCUGUUUUAUCGCAAUAAAAGUCUGAUCAAAAUAGGA